AUGCUCCAUGAAAACCUUGUUCAGGCCAAGAAGCAUUCAAGUCUGAUCCCCUUCUUAGUCUUUACUGGAACUGGAGGAACUAAAGCAGUGAUAUACGACACUCAUUUGGCAUCAUUCAAUCCAGAUGUCAGCCUGGACAGAAACAAUAACCUAGAAUACUGGAACAAACUGGAUCCCAAUGAUCAAUAUAAGUUCUAUGCAGUUGAUGUAGAUUUUAACAAGCCAAAGAAAGAAGGUUCAGGUUUCUAA